UUCUCUCUGUCUCUCUAUUUAUACAUCCCUUUCACUCUCUCAUCUUAUCAUCACAAAAAUCUAAUUCCAAAACUGAGAAGUAAAAAAAAAGCAAUUAUGUCUCCACCAGGUUCAUCAAGAUGGAGCCCUACAACUGAACAGCUUAUGAUUUUAGAAGAACUGUAUAGAAGUGGAAUUAGAACUCCUAGUGCUUCUCAAAUUCAGCAAAUAACUACUCACCUUUCUUUCUAUGGUAGAAUAGAAGGAAAAAAUGUUUUCUAUUGGUUUCAGAAUCAUAAGGCUAGGGAUAGGCAGAAACUUAGAAGGAAACUUAACAAACAACUGCAGCUACAGCAGCAGCAACAACAACAACAACAGCAGCAACAACUACAAGUUCAUCAUUAUCAUCAACUCAAUCAUGAUAAUAUGAUUAGUAAUCAUUGUGUUGGUAGUACUUUUGGUUACCCUUUUGGAUCUAAUGCACAAGACUUUUCAUUUUUUAACUCACCUAGCUUUCUUUUUCAGGGACCAGUAGCUGCAACUGCAAACACAUCACAAGGAGCAAUGAAUUGCAAAUGGAUAAAUGGUUAUAAUAAUCAUCAAAGUUUGGUGGAGAAGAAAGAUAUUGCAUUAAGCAACUAUGGUACUUGGACACUUAUGGAUAAUGUUAAUCAUGAACCAAAAACUUCAUGUUGCACUAAACCUCUCAAGACUCUUGAUCUCUUCCCACUCUCAACAACAAGAAUCAAAGAAGACUAGUAACUCAAAAUUCAAAACUCUAUGUGAUAUGACAUUAUUAACCUAAUUAAUACUUUAGGACAUUAAUCUCUAUAUAUAUUAUAUGGUGCUUCUUAGGGAAAUUUAUCAUCUAAUAUACCAAGAGUACCUAGUG